GCGCUUCCUGCCUGGUACUGGCCAUGGCGGCCGCGCCCGCCUCGCCGGGGAAGGUGCUGGGGCUGCCGGGCGGCGACGGGCAGGAAAGCACGCGGAUUGUGAGGCUGAAGAUCAUAGCUGGAAUAGACCUGGCCAAGAAGGAUAUCUUGGGCACAAGUGAUCCAUAUGUGAAAGUGACUGUAUACGAUUCAGCGCAUGGCAUUCUUACCAGUGUUCAAACCAGAACUGUUAAAAAGACCUUGGAUCCAAAGUGGAAUGAGGAAUUUUUCUUUAGAGUCAAUCCGCAGAGACACCGGUUUCUCUUGGAAGUAUUUGACGAAAACCGUUUGACAAGAGAUGACUUCCUUGGCCAAGUGGACGUUCCUCUCUGCCAGCUUCCGACAGAGAAUCCGGCUAUGGAGAGGCCGUACACGUUUAAGGAUUUUGUUCUUCAUCCACGGAGUCAUAAAUCCAGAGUGAAAGGCUUCCUCAGGCUAAAGAUGACUUACUUGCCGAAAACCCACAGCUCGGAAGAUGAUGGCGCAGAGCAGGCAGAAGAGGUAGAGCCUGGCUGGGUCAUUUUGGACCAACCAGAAGCCUCUUGCCAGCUGCAGGAGCCAGAGGCGACUCUCCCGCCAGGCUGGGAAGAAAGGCAAGACUUACUUGGCAGGACUUACUAUGUCAACCAUGAAUCCAGAAGGACGCAGUGGAAAAGGCCGACUCCUCAGGACAGCAGGCCCACUGCAGAGAGUGAAAGCGCGCAUUUGGAAGUGCAGCACGCCUUUGCUCACCGGCAUCAGAUCACAGAGGAAGCCGAAGGCCUGAGCAGCAGAGAGUCCCCGGAGAGUUGGGAAAUCAUAACAGAAGAUGAAGCAACUCUGUACAGCAACCAGGGCCCUCCUGUGGCUGUGCUGCAGAGCAAUUCAGACGCCGAGGUGCACCCCACAGAAGAAGACCCAGCUACUCAGCGGAGCCCCACAGCUCCCUGCGCUAGUGACUCGCGUAGAAGCGGCAGCCUGCAAACGUACCACCUGGAGGAACACCCGGUGCUCCCAGUGUUGCUCCCCACGUCAACAGGGCUACCACCCGGCUGGGAAGUCAAGACAGAUGAGAAAGGCAGGCCGUACUACAUAGACCACAAUUCCCAGACAACCACCUGGCAGAAGCCGGCGCUGCAGCGGGCAGCACUGGAUGACUCAUCGCAGCAGCCUCCACUGCCAUUGGUCGGGGAUCCAGGCUCUCUCCCCAAAGGCUGGGAAGUCCGUCAUGCACCGAGCGGGAGACCUUUCUUCAUUGAUCAUAACACCAAGACGACAACCUGGGAGGAUCCCAGACUGAAACAUCCGCCUCAUCGGAGAAGAGAGGCCUCUUUAGACCCUGCAGAACUUGGUCCCUUACCGCCCGGCUGGGAAGAGAGGACUCACACGGACGGAAGGACCUUCUUUAUAAACCACAACACAAGGAGGACUCAGUGGGAAGAUCCGCGCCUCCAGAAUGUAGCAAUAACCGGACCAGCUGUGCCUUAUUCCAGAGAUUACAAACGGAAGUACGAGUUCUUCAGGAAGAAGCUAAAAAAGCCAAAUGACAUUCCAAACAAAUUUGAAUUGAAACUUCACCGAAACGCCAUCCUAGAAGAGUCCUACCGAAGAAUUACAGCAGUGAAGAAGGCCGAGUAUCUGAAAGCGCGGCUGUGGAUUGAAUUUGAUGGUGAAAAAGGCUUGGACUACGGAGGGGUCGCCAGGGAGUGGUUCUUCCUUCUCUCUCGGGAAAUGUUUAACCCUUACUAUGGGCUCUUUGAGUAUUCGGCCAUGGACAACUACACGCGGCAGAUCAACCCGAAUUCCGGGCUGUGCAACGAGGACCACCUCUCGUACUUCAAGUUCAUUGGCCGGGUGGCCGGCAUGGCCGUCUAUCAUGGGAAGCUGCUGGACGGGUUUUUCAUCCGUCCUUUUUAUAAGAUGAUGCUUCAGAAGCCGAUCGGUCUUUGUGACAUGGAAUCCGUGGACAGCGAAUACCACAGCUCUCUGAAAUGGAUCCUCGAAAAUGAUCCCGCAGAACUGGACCUCCGAUUCACAGUGGAUGAAGAGCGUUUCGGGCAGACUUAUCAGCACGAGUUGAAAAGCGGAGGCUCUGAGCUGGUGGUCACAAAUGAGAACAAGCAUGAGUACAUCUACCUCGUGAUCCAAUGGCGCUUUGUGAACAGAAUCAAGAGGCAGAUGGCUGCCUUUAAGGAGGGGUUUUUUGAACUCAUACCACAAGAUCUUAUCAAAAUUUUCGAUGAAAAUGAGCUAGAGCUGCUGAUGUGCGGCUUGGGCGAUGUGGACGUGAAUGACUGGAGGGAGCACACCAAGUACAAAAACGGCUACUGUGCGAAUCAUGUUGUGAUACAAUGGUUUUGGAAGGCUGUGCUGCUGAUGGAUUCCGAAAAACGAAUCAGACUUCUUCAGUUUGUGACGGGCACAUCCCGCGUACCUAUGAAUGGAUUUUCUGAAUUGUAUGUUUUAACCGCUUGGAUUUGCCGCCAUAUGAGUCCUUUGAAGACCUGUGGGACAGACUUCACAUCGCCAUUGAAAACGCUCAGGGGUUUGAUGGGGUUGACUGAGCCCUGGAGCGGCGGCAGCCCUUUCUUUUUCCUGGGCAGCAGCUGGAGAGCGUGGAGGAAGAACCCAGUCUCUUCGAGGGACGUGUUGCUGCAUUUAUUUGCCAGCUGCAUCGAUGGCAUUCUUUCUGGAGUGUUAAUUUCAGCACCUUUCAUAACAUUUCGCCAUUUCAAAGUCUGGCCUGCUUCCUUGACCCGUGCAAGAGAUGCCCUGGCGAGGCUCCUGCCAACCUUGAAUUUACCUCGGGCAAUAUUUGCCAGCUGAGCGCUCUGAGCUACUGAGGAUGAAGCUGUGAGAAAAGCCGCGGGAGUCCCCUUGGGAAGGUCCGUGUGAGUGACGGUCGGUCCGCCUGCCACCCCCGCCACCCCACCCCGGUCUGUGGAAUGGUCGGUCAGCGCAAGGUUUCUCCCUCUUGUGCUUCCAGCCUUUUCCUUCAGACCUUCCAAAGCACUUUAUUGCAUUUUCAGGUAAAGCGUUAUAAUCGCCGUUUCUUAGUAUCUGCUUGGUCUAUUCCACAUGAAGCUGCCGCAUGUCUCCGUUGUUGGAGGCUUUAAGUCAGCAGGACUUGGGACUCUUGCGAGUACAUGCCGGUCUCCUUGGUUCCAGUGCAGCAGGCAGUGCUCCGUGUGAGCCACUCUGCCCAAGAGCAAGGAAGCCCUCUGGCCUGGGGGUCCCCGUUGGCUUCAUGGUGCAGAAGAACUCGAGGCUGGGUCACGUGCUUGGCUUUCAGGGUUCAUAUUUCUAUUUAAGAUUUUUAAUUUUUCAGACUAAAGAUAGUAUGAACUUGAAUGAUAUUUUAAAAUGUUUGAAUUUAUAUUGGACUUGUGAAUUUUUGGUAAGCCGUAUUUUGAUGUUGUCCAACAUGUAGCGUUUUCAGUUCUUGCUUCCUUGCUCCAAGCGCCCCUUGUGCUUUUGAGUCCCACAGUGUUAAGGGACAGCAAGAGGCCUUUUCCAGGUCUAUUGUGGCAGUAUUACAUUGUCCAAGGAUGGAUGCGCCGACAGGUUUUGAGGGCCAAAUUUGGCGAUCCAGUCUGUGCAAGCGAAACUUUUAGCAGAUGGCACCGUGGCACCUGGGGCUGGAUCCGGCCCUGAAAUUUGUUUACAGCUUACACCAAUUCUUGCCCCCACUUCCUGCUGCAUUUUUACAUUUUGUCAGCAUUUGGUCUAGAAACCAAAUAUAAAUACAGGAAAAACCAAAGUUAUUGUCUGUAACGUGCAAUUUCUUAAGAGGUGGCAGUUAAUAGAAAUUCAGCAUAAAGCAGUUUGUAAAGUUAAAUAGGAAUUGCAGAUAUGUUGAUAUGACUGAUAGUUGGUUGAGGCUGGUUUAAAAUCGUUAUCAACUUUAGUUGUGAGAAGUGGGUGUCCAGAAGGCUCCCUCUGCCUGGCCCUUCAGCCUUGUCCCAGCAUGCCUCUGGAGCCCUGCUGUCCAAGCACCACCACCCAACUGCAGCGGGAAGAAUCAAAACCUCUGCUGCCUCGGAGACCAAGUGGCCGAAUGGAGGGACAGCAUGGAGUGGUGGCCUGUGGGCAGCUGGAAAAUCUUGGCACACAGGACUUGCCACGCAUCAUUGGACCUCCACAGUGGGUCCCAUCAGCUUCUGAGGUGGAGUGCGUAUUGCAAAAGUGUCAAAGCAAUGCGAGUGCCUCCAUGCAGAGAAGUUUUGUGAAACCUUUUUGAGUGCUCUGUCGGUAUAAAAUUGAAUGUAACUGUUGGAGUACUUCAACGUAACAAACGAAAAACCUGAAACAGUAAAUUGAAAUUUAUUCUAAUAAAGAUUAGUUUCAUUUUGUUCAAACUA